AUGUGGAGGCGGAUGCGCCCCUUGGGUUAUAUCUGCUGCCAUGAGGGGGCCUGUGCUCCAGGUUGGGAAUGCCAGUUGGGUGAUAACAUGGGCGCUGUCCCGAGGGUGAGGGAUGUGUGGGUAACGGCGGCGUUAUCCAUGCGCUGGCCUAAUGUCAAAACCUUGAAACCUGUCACGACGAACUAA